UCAAUAUUUUCUUUGGUACCUUUUGAAAAAACACCAGCCAUUGGCGAAAAGGUUUUAGCCACUGAAAACCAACAUUCAUCAUCCCACAAAAUCUUCAUUCCUCUUCGAUUCUCCGCAAAUCUCUUCUCAUUUCCCACCGUUAGUAAUCCCCUCUCUCGCUCUCUCUCUCUCUCUCCAUCGAAUUCGAAAAGCGUGUGUCUCAAACCCUAACGUGGCAAUUAGGGUUUUGUUUCUCGAUCUGCUAACCGUUUUAGCCGUAGAAACCUGGAGAUUUCUACUCCUUUUGAGUGCUCGAGGUAAGGAUGAAUAAUAAUGACAAAGGAGAAAAGACUUGUCCUCUAUGUGCUGAGGAGAUGGACUUGACUGACCAGCAUCUCAACCCUUGCAAAUGUGGUUACCAGAUAUGUGUUUGGUGUUGGCAUCAAAUUAUAGAGAUGGCUGAGAAAGAUAAGACAGAGGGACGCUGUCCUGCAUGUCGAACUCCUUAUGAUAAGGAAAAGAUUGUUGGAAUGACUGCUAGCUGUGAAAGUUUGGUUGCUGAACUUAACAAUGACCGGAAAAAAUCACAGAAGGCCGCCAAGCCUAAAGCUGCUUCUGAGGGAAGGAAAGAUCUAACUGGUGUGAGAGUCAUCCAAAGAAACUUGGUUUAUGUUAUGAGCUUGCCUUUCGAUCUGGCAGAUGAAGAUCAGCGUUUUCAGAGGAGAGAAUACUUUGGUCAAUAUGGGAAAGUGGUGAAGGUAGCAAUGUCUCGAACGCAAGCAGGGGAUAUCCAACUAUUUCCAAACGAUUCCUGCAGUGUAUAUAUUACUUACUCCAAAGAGGAGGAAGCUAUUCGAUGUAUCCGAUCAGUGCAUCAGUUUGCUUUGGAUGGUAGAAUCCUCAAGGCAUGUUUUGGGACCAUGAAGUACUGUCAUGCGUGGUUAAGAAACAUGCCUUGUAACAAUGCAGAAUGCCUUUACUUGCAUGAGAUCGGCGCCCCAGAGGAUAGUUUCACAAAAGAUGAAACCGUAUCAGUGCACAUGAAGGAAAUUAUUAAAGAAAUUACUGGUGCGGUGGCUAAUUUUCCGCGGCGUUCUGGAUAUAUGUUACCUCCACCAGCGGAUGAUUUUGUUGAUAGACACAUUCCGAAAUGUGUUCCGAAUAAUCCACAGAGUGUUGCUAAAACUUCUCGCCCAAAUAGUAGCAACGGCCGAUCUGUUACUCUACCUGCUGGAGCCUUGUGGGGAAUGCAUGCUUCAAGCCAGUCUUCGGUACCGAAUACACCAUGCUCUGGGGAACCCUUAAGAGAUAAAGCAGCCACAGAUGAUAAUCUUACUCCAUAUGGCAAUGCCUUGAAACUGCCAGAACCAUUGAAUAGCCAGGCUGAUUUUCCAGAGCUUUCUUUGGUUAAUAGGCCCCAGACCAGUAAUAGUAAGGCAUUAGUUUCUGCAAAUGUGGAUAAUACUAGAGCUGUUAGUGUGCCAUCAGCUUGCACAGAAUUUCCAGAGCCUACUUCUAGAGGUAUACAGAGUGUCUGCAGCGAGGCUGUGUCAGUGGAUGCAGAUAGUGUUGUGGAUGGCUAUGGGGGGAUAAAAAGGUCCGACAGUUCAGAUGUUGAUCAAGCUUCGUCUCAUACAGAAGUGUCCCGAGACUCUCUACAGCAUUUCGUCGAUGAAACUAGAGAAGUGCGGCCAUUAAAGAAGACAAAUGAAGUGCUUGUUGUCCCAAGAGAAGAAGUUAAUGCAGGCAGUGCUUUGAGGUCUCCAUUGGUAACAGAUAUAUCAUCUUUCAUUAGAGAAAGACUCAAGGAUCCUGAAGUUUUUAGCUGUCAGCCCAAUAAAUCUGGUUUCCUACGCACUAUGCCGCCUUCUUCAUCCCAGUAUGAUGAAACCAGGAGUCUGUUUGGAUCCUCCUCGGCUGAAAGCAGAGGAAUUAAUAUAGCUUCCAUCUCACAUGGAUAUAACGAGAUGCCACAGAGCGAGCCCAGUCGUUUAAAUGGCAGUCUUAAUCAUUCUAUGGGUUUUCCUGAUAGAGGAAGGGAGAGACCAUCAGAUGGAAACUCUAGGAGUGAAAUAGAUGACAGGAUUGCAAAUAUAUUGUCGUUAGAUCUUGAUGAAUACUUGACAUCAACUCAUAACUUGUCGAAGCAACAACAGCUAGCCAGUUCCUGCGAAGUUAAGAACAGUCAAUCCCGGUUUUCUUUUGCAAGGCAAGAUGAAGCAAAGGAUCAAGCUUUUGGAUCAUAUAACGUCUUCAACCAUGGCAGUGACUUGUACAAGACUUCUUCAGAACAACAGAGUUCUGAUUUGGAUAUGAUUGGGAUGUAUAAUGGUAUUUCAUCAAGUUAUCUCAAAGAAAUGGAUCAUGUCACGCAGAACUCAGCUUUGCCCUCGUCUUAUAAACCUCCUUCUGUUCCAAGAUGUCCGGUUACAGCGCCACCUGGAUUUUCAGUUGCAAGUCGACCUCCUCCUCCUCCAGGCUUUGCGUCAAAUGGGAGAGAACAUCAGGCAUUUAAUGGCUUUUCAGGAAACCAUCGUUAUUCUGACUCACCAGUGUACAUAAACUCAUAUCAUCAGUCACUUCCAACGGAAAACAAUGGUGGUGUCAGAGAUGUUCAGUUUAUGGAUCCUGCGAUUAUGGCUGUAGGUCAAGGCUUUGAGAAUCCAAGCCUAGAUUACCGAUCAAACUUUCAGGGAAACACAAACAUGUUUGCAAAGGAGGCAAAGUUUCAACAGCAACAGGCAGUGCAGUCUUCGCAUCAAAACUGUAGACUCACCGACUCUUUAGGAAUGGUGGCAUCAAGGUUUAUAGAUCAAUCUCAAGGGAGUAGCAACAUACUAUCUAGGAACAUGGGCUUGCCUAAUGGCCAGUGGGAUGGGUUGAGCAACGAGAUCCAAAGUCUAAACAGGCUCCAGAAUGAGAGGUUUACUGGGUCAACUAAUCGGAUGAUGAAUGGUUACAAUGGGACUUUCAGGAUUUAG